CGCUGCCACUAUUCCUUGAAAAAGUGUGUGUCUGGUCGGACGCGUGGAACACGAGAGAAAAGUUGUUAAAAAGUGAAGUAGCAAAUUGCGAUUCAUUAAUUUAAGUGUAUUUUAAAUAAAAUAGUACAAUUAAGAUGUCUAAAGCUCCUGCUGUUGGUAUUGAUUUGGGUACAACCUACUCUUGCGUGGGUGUAUUCCAGCAUGGCAAAGUUGAGAUCAUUGCCAAUGACCAGGGUAAUCGCACUACCCCAUCAUAUGUUGCCUUCACCGAAACAGAGCGUCUGAUCGGCGAUGCUGCCAAGAAUCAGGUUGCCAUGAACCCAGUUAACACCAUUUUCGAUGCCAAACGUUUGAUUGGUCGCAAGUUCGACGAUGCCAACGUUCAGGCUGAUAUGAAGCACUGGCCCUUCGAUGUGGUUAAUGUUGAUGGCAAGCCAAAGAUUAGCGUCACAUACAAGGACGAGAAGAAGACUUUCUUCCCCGAGGAGAUUUCAUCGAUGGUGUUGACCAAGAUGAAGGAGACCGCUGAAGCUUAUUUGGGCAAGACAGUUACCAACGCUGUUAUCACCGUUCCCGCCUACUUCAACGACUCUCAGCGUCAGGCCACCAAGGAUGCCGGUACUAUUGCUGGAUUGAAUGUGUUGCGUAUCAUUAAUGAGCCAACUGCCGCUGCUAUUGCAUACGGUUUGGACAAAAAGGCUGCUGGUGAGCGCAACGUGUUGAUCUUCGAUUUGGGUGGUGGUACUUUUGAUGUGUCUAUUCUGUCCAUCGAUGAUGGUAUCUUCGAAGUUAAGUCGACCGCUGGUGACACACAUUUGGGUGGUGAAGAUUUCGACAAUCGUCUCGUCACUCACUUCGUUCAGGAAUUCAAGCGCAAGCACAAGAAGGAUCUGACCACCAACAAGCGUGCUCUGCGUCGUUUGCGUACAGCUUGUGAACGCGCGAAGCGUACCCUCUCUUCGUCCACCCAGGCCAGCAUUGAAAUCGAUUCGUUAUACGAGGGUGUCGAUUUCUACACCUCGAUCACACGUGCCCGUUUUGAGGAGUUGAACGCUGACCUGUUCCGCAGCACCAUGGACCCUGUUGAGAAGGCUCUGCGUGAUGCUAAAUUGGACAAGUCGGCCAUUCACGACAUUGUGCUGGUCGGUGGUUCGACCCGUAUCCCCAAGGUGCAGCGCUUGUUGCAGGAUUUGUUCAACGGCAAGGAGCUGAACAAGUCGAUCAAUCCCGAUGAGGCUGUGGCUUAUGGUGCCGCCGUACAAGCUGCCAUCUUACACGGUGACAAGUCACAGGAAGUCCAGGAUUUGUUGCUGCUUGAUGUCACUCCCCUCUCACUGGGUAUCGAAACUGCUGGUGGAGUGAUGAGCGUUCUCAUUAAGCGCAACACCACUAUCCCAACCAAGCAGACCCAGACCUUUACCACUUACUCGGACAACCAGCCCGGUGUGUUGAUUCAGGUAUAUGAAGGUGAACGGGCCAUGACCAAGGACAAUAAUUUGCUCGGCAAAUUCGAACUGUCUGGUAUUCCACCAGCACCUCGCGGAGUGCCACAAAUUGAAGUCACCUUCGAUAUAGAUGCCAACGGUAUCUUGAAUGUAACCGCUCUGGAGCGCUCCACCAACAAGGAGAACAAGAUUACCAUCACGAACGACAAGGGUCGCCUGUCGAAGGAGGACAUCGAGCGUAUGGUCAACGAAGCCGAGAAGUACCGCACAGAGGAUGAGAAGCAAAAGGAGACAAUUGCUGCCAAGAACUCUUUGGAGUCAUACUGCUUCAACAUGAAGGCUACUUUGGAUGAGGAGAACAUGAAGACUAAGAUCUCCGAAUCGGAUCGCACCACCAUUUUGGACAAGUGUAACGAAACCAUCAAAUGGUUAGAUGCCAAUCAGCUGGCUGAGAAAGAAGAAUAUGAGCACCGUCAAAAAGAACUGGAAUCCGUGUGCAAUCCAAUCAUUACCAAAUUGUACCAGGGUGCCGGUGGUGCUCCAGGUGGUAUGCCCGGCGGUAUGCCCAGUGGUUUCCCAGGAGCUGGUGGUGCUCCAGGUGCCGGUGCAGCUGGUGCCGGUGCUGGCCCAACCAUCGAAGAAGUCGAUUAAACUAUUCGCAGCGAUUUAACAAGAUAAACACCAAACAAAUUUAAUUCUCCUUUUAGUCUGCCUCUUCUGAAUUGAUUAAAAAAAAAACAAAGUUAGCGAAAUCAAAAAUAUUUCCAAUUGUAUGCACUUUUUGCCUAAAUUUAUGACAUAGAAACACGCUGUCAAAAACAUUGUACUACUUUAAUACAUACCAUAUAUAGAAAUUGCCAAUUGAACCGUUUGAAAAUGUAACUUAUACUACAGUACAUACUACCUACAUACAUAGAAAAGAAAAUAUCUGCUAAUUUAGUAAUUUAAAAAAGUAUCUGAAAUAGUAUUGCAAGCAUAUAUACAUAUGUAUGUAUGCUAACAAAAAAUAUCCAAGCAACAAGUUCUAAAUAUAGCGAAUGUUUCAAAACAGAAA